CACAUCCAGCUCAUUUUUCCCCAACUUCAUCAACUCAGGUGAGGUGUUCAGCCGUAUGAGUCUUUGUAAUGGAACGUCAUGCUUUCCAUCCAUCUUGAGGAUUACAGCAAGAGAUGUUGUUGACGUCUGGCAAAAUCCCCAGCUUCCUGCCAUUCAUCAUCUUCCUCUCUGGGCAUCUGGAGAGCCUCCUGUUUCCGCCUCCUCGUGUUGCUUUACUACCAUGAGCAGUUCCACUCCAUCCACAGCUAAUGGCACUGACAGUAAAACGUAUAAAGGAGAACGAUCUCCUUGUGACCCUUCCCGCGUCCUCCACGUCCGCAAAGUUCCCAUCGAAGUGUCUGAGGCAGAGGUCAUCUCACUAGGAGUCCCUUUCGGCAAAGUCACCAACCUGUUGAUGCUUAAAGGGAAAAACCAAGCUUUUAUAGAAAUGGCUUCUGAAGAAGCAGCAAUCACCAUGGUCAACUACUACACCACAGCCACACCCCAUGUCCGCAACCAGCCCGUCUACAUCCAGUAUUCCAACCACCGUGAGCUCAAGACUGAUAAUCUGCCCAAUCAGGGGAGGGUUCAGGCUGCUCUGCAAGCUGUCAAUGCUGUGCAUUCUGGGAAUAUGAGUCUCUCUGGGACUGCGACAGGCAGUGACGGUGGAAUGAUGCCUGGACAAAGUCCUGUGCUUCGUAUCAUCGUAGAGAAUCUCUACUACCCAGUGUCUCUAGAAGUGCUACACCAGAUCUUCUCAAAAUUCGGAACGGUCCUGAAGAUCAUUACCUUCACCAAGAACAACCAGUUCCAGGCCUUGCUACAAUAUGCAGAUCCAAUGAACGCACAUCACGCCAAAGUGGCUUUGGAUGGGCAGAACAUCUACAACGGCUGCUGCACUCUGCAUGUUGAGUUCUCCAAGCUGACCAGUCUGAAUGUGAAAUACAACAACGACAAGAGCAGGGACUUCACACGUCUAGACCUACCCUCAGGGGACGGGCAGCCCACGCUGGACCCCAGCAUGCAGACCGCUUUUGGUUCCUUUCCUCUCUCUCAUGUUACUCCUCCUCUCCCGUCUUCCCCUUCCCAUCCCGCUGGGCUGCGCUCCGCUCCGGUCCGCUCAGGUCUGUCUAUGCAGACAAUGCCUGGUGCUCUGGGACCUCUCACCAUCCCUUCAUCAGCAAUGACAGGACGGAUGACCAUCCACGGCAUGGCCCCCACCGUCAUCCACUCUGUGCUCCUCGUCUCCAACCUCAACCCCGACAGCAUAUCACCACACGGGCUCUUCAUUUUAUUCGGAGUGUAUGGAGAUGUUCACAGAGUCAAGAUUCUGUUCAACAAGAAAGAGAAUGCCUUAAUACAGAUGGCAGACGCCACGCAAGCCCAGCUCGCGAUGAGCCAUUUGAACGGUCAGCGUCUGCAUGGUAAGGUGAUCCGUGUGACCAUCUCAAAGCACCAGACGGUGCAGCUCCCCAGGGAGGGUCAGGAGGACCAGGGCCUGACCAAAGACUUCAGUGGGAGCCCGCUGCACCGCUUCAAAAAGCCCGGCUCCAAGAACUUCCAGAACAUCUUUCCUCCCUCCGCCACCCUGCACCUCUCAAAUAUCCCCCCCUCCACUACAGAUGAUUUUCUGAAAGACCUGUUUGCCGGUUCUGGAUUCACAGUCAAGGCCUUCAAGUUUUUCCAGAAAGACCGCAAAAUGGCACUGAUCCAGCUGGGUUCGGUGGAAGAAGCCAUCCAGGCUCUUAUCGACCUCCACAACCAUGACCUGGGAGAAAACCACCAUCUGCGAGUGUCUUUCUCCAAAUCCACCAUCUAGCACCACCUUCACCACAGUACAAACGCACCCUUUCCCCAUCCUCCCCGUUCCAGCCCUUCUACCUUCAGCAGUCUGACUGUUUCGUUCAGAGAAUAAGACUGACUGACAAACUCUAAAAAAAACAAUUAUAGAUAUUCAUGGGGUAGUUUUAGAGAUUUUCAAAAGAAAAAACAAAAACAAAAAAAAGAAAGAUAAAAAAG